AUGACGCUCCCUCAACCGGAAGUCUCCCUCACUGGGGCCUGCUCAGUAAUUUACAACAACACGCUCUACGAGUACUCGCAAUCGGCUUUUCAAUCGUUGGCACUGGAGGAAGGUGCAGAAUGGGAAACGCUCGCCAACGGACACAGCGUUGAAGGGGGGGUAUGCGUAGGGUCGACGCCGACGAAUACCUCGGAAGCAGGACUGUAUGUGGUUGGUGGAACCUCGUCCGACUCCGAGUACAAAGGCCUCCAAAAGUUCACGUACGCGACGGGAAAGUGGCAGUCUAUCGAACCGCAGGUUGCAGUGACUCAGAGCCGCGUCUGGCAUAGCGCGACAUACCUCAACAACUCGGAUACGAUUCUGAUAUACGCCGGGUCCCAAGACGGUGAACAGCAUAUUUCUUCGCAAACCUUCACCGUCGGGGCAAAGGAGCCGUAUACCGUCUUGGCUUAUCAAUCGUCAGCACCGCCUGCCAUUGCGCCUAUUCUCCUGCCUUGGUCCGAUACACAGGCCGUUAUGCUCGGAGGUGAUGCGACCAACAGCAAGGUCAUGCUGUUCGAGUCUGGGACGGGAUGGACUGAUUCUGGCUGCACUCUGGCGGAUCCGAUAACCAAGAACACGACAGAAGUGAAGGCAGUCAUGAUGACUGGAGACGAUGGCAGCAAACAUCUAUACACAUUUGACCUUAGUGUAUCGCCAAAUACGGUCAACCGGACGGUUCUCAAGGACGGUAGCGGAGCCGCCAUCGUGGGCGCCGCCCCGGUCAGUAAGAGAGACCUGGACGCGAACAACUGGCCACAAUACAACUCGACCUUGGCGCCAAAAGAUACGAGAAGCCAGUAUUCGUUGGCGGUCGACUCGGCUGGUCUCGUGGUCAUGUCAGGGGGCAAUGACGACGACGUCUUGUGCCUCUUCGACGGGAAACAGAACCGUUGGAACAACGCCACGGCCCUGUUAGGAAGCAAGCAAGUGAGCAUCCAGUCGUUGCCGACAUCAUCGCCAACAUCCACCGCCACUGCGUCGUUAACAUCAACUGCAAGUGCUACGGAAAGUGCUACGGAAAGCCCCACAACGGUCGCCGCAGCAGCUACAAGCACCUCGAGUGGGUUGCCGCCGACCACUAUUCUGGGCAUCGCCCUCGGUAUUAUCUUUGGAGUCGCCAUCCUUCUCAUCGGACUGCUGUUCCUCAUCAAGCGAAAGCGCCAACGACAGUCUUUUGUCGAGGCAGGUCACAGCAGAAGAGACAGCGGCAUUCCGAAUGAGAAAGGCUUUGUAAGGGAUAUGGCACAAGCCACUGGACCUCAAUUCCGGGGUCACGCCCCACAGGACUCGGCAGGGUCCUUCUCAUCCGUGGCCAUCUUAAUGGGCAAGGUGCACAACAAGCCUGAGACGAAGCGUAGUUCGGGAAGCAGCAUGUCGAACAAGGCAUUCAAGAGCAGUAUUGGACGACCGCAACAGCUUCCCGCCACCGAGCCGGACUACACCCCAGAAGAUGAAAAGGCUGUCGCCUUUGCGGCCGACGCGAACCCGGUCAAACCGAGGAAUGGGCCAGUCCUAAACCGCGACGGGGAAAGGAGGAGCUCGGGCUGGAAUCGCUAUUGGUCUGGCGGAAGCACUUUGAACAUGCUCGGAUUCGGCAGUGCUGGUGCUGGUAGUGGUAGCAGGAGGGAAACAGGCGUGUCGGAACAGUCGUCGCACUACAGCGACCCUCACCGUAUGACUCAAGAUUCGGCAACCGUACCUCCUUUGCAACUCGACCUGGCAUUCCCCGUACCUCCAUUGGAGGGGAGACCUGAAUUCAACCGCGUCAAUUCGGGCAGCCCCACCGUGUCUCACUACACGGACAACCUUAAAGAGGGCAUGUCGGGCCAGAUCGAGCGACCAAUAUCAUCUGUAUCAUCGUCGGGCUACUCAAGUGGCAUUCCCCCCAGUGUCCACGAAACUUGGGACCCCACCAUCGCCAAAGAGCCGUGGGGCUCAAAUCGGGCACCGAGUAGCAUAUAUAGCGCAUACCCUACUGCUCUAGGCGCUCCAGGAACGAGUAGGCCCCCGAAUGGCAUCUCUCGCCAGCCACCACUGGCGAAGGCCUCGGUUUCGUCCGACAUGAGCUGGUUGAACCUUGGCGAACAGAAUCGCCAGUUCGGCUGA